AUGGCGAGCAAAGAGAACAAAGCGACUGAGAAAAGUCUCAGGCGGGAUCCAGCGGCCGCUCAACGAGCAUUCCUGCAAUUGAGCCCGGAGGAGCAGGCAGCCGCUGCCCGCUCUGGUGGCCCUCCCGUUGGCGUAGAUAUCACUGGAACGAAAUGGGAAGCCAAAGAGUGUGAGGAAAUUGGAGGUCCAGACGUCGAGUCAUUCAUUGAGCUGUCAGAUGGUACGUAUCACAGUCUUGGUGCAGGAGUCCUCCGGGUUACGGAGGAUGAGCUCCAAAAACAGCUGAAGGCCAACGGAAAGCCUGCACUAUCCGACAGCAAAAUUGCGCAGCUACGUGAGGAUGGCUUUGUGGGGUGA